GUUCAUCAUCAGCUCUUCGCCAACAAAGAGAGAAGUAAAGAGGUUGUCUUGAUGGUUGGACUAUCAUAGCACUGCAGGGGAGCGCUGCUUGUUAUUACAGAGCUGACACUUUGAAGAAUGGCUGCUAAAUGUCUGCUCUCUGUACAGCUCUGCUAUAUGUCAGUGAUGCUGGUGACAUUAAUAUCAGCUUACAGCUUCAGAAACUGUAUUCGUAAUUAUCAAGAUGACACAAGUUUCAACUGCAUCCAGAGGUUUCAGAGAUGUGUCAGCGAUUUGGUGUCCGAUCUUCCUCACAACACAAGGGCACUCAACAUUUCCCACAAUCUGCUUACAAGACUGCCUCAGAAGGCCUUUCAUAAGUUCUCCCAACUGAUUAGCCUGCACAUUGACUUCAAUGCUUUGGAAACUUUGGAGGAAUAUGCAUUUGAUGGGCUUUAUAGCUUAAAAAUGUUAAACUUGUCUUUCAACAAAAUUCAGCAUUUGAAAAGCAAGAUGUUGGCAGGUCUUUCCAACCUUACAGACUUAUUUCUUAACAAUAACAAUCUGGGUGCCAUUGAAUAUGAUGCCUUCUUCUUUCUGGGAACAUUGAAGUUGCUGAAUUUACGAUCUAACAAGCUCCAAAAUUAUUCACAGAUUGUUAAAUCAGUCUCAACUUUAACUAGUUUACGAAUGCUAGAUCUCUGUUACAAUUUCCUGGCAACUCUGAACCAUUCGUGUAGCCUCCCAAAGUCAUUAAUAAUUUUAAAACUGUGUAAUAAUUCCCUUGUAUCUCUGGGUAAUAAACAGAGCCCCUUCAGCUUUGUACACAUCUUAGACUUAUCAAAUAACACUGCUCUAAAUGAGCAAUGUUUUGACAACCUUGACCUAGGAAAUGUCAAAUAUUUACAAAUGAAAUUUAAUCAGAUAUCGAUACUUCGCUUUCUGAACACCAGCAAUAUCAAGAGAGGCCAUGUAGAUUAUUCUGGCAUGGGUCUAAAUGACAACUCAAGAUUACAGAACCUAUGCGAGUAUCUGAGACACAGUGAGGUGAGACGGCUAGCACUACAGAGUAAUAACAUUUCAUCACUUCAAACAAACACCUUUGAUAACUGCCCAGAGUUCAAAAUCAUUGAUUUUUCACGCAACGUUCUCAAAAACAGUAAAUGUCUUAAUUUUCUGAAGAGCAAAUCCUCAGUGCAAUCAGUCACUAUUGAACACAACCAACUGAAUAGAUUGUAUUCUUGUUCAAAAGUGAAGUACCAUUUUCCACACCUGGUAAACAUUAGCUAUAGGUAUAACCGGAUUUUAUCCGUUGCCGACAGUGCAUUCUCAAAUGCACCAAAUCUUCUGUCACUGAAACUGAACAUCAACAAUAUUGCCUUUCUCAACAAAGGGGCCUUUAAAAACCUAACAAAGCUCAAACUACUGCGUUUGGAUAACAAUCUUAUAACUGAUCUGUUCUCCAGCAGUUUCGGAAACCUCAGUAACCUUCAAAUUCUCAACUUAAGGAAUAACAGGAUUUCAGUGAUCUUUGACUUGACCUUCCAAAGCCUUGAAAACUUAGAAAUUCUGGAUUUAGGAGGAAAUAAAAUCACUCAUGUUACAAAAAAGGCUUUCUCAGGUCUUUUAAAAUUAAUUAAUCUUUAUCUGGACAGGAAUAACAUCAAGCUUUUGACUAAUGAAAUGUUUCACCAAAUACAGAACACAUUGCUAACUUUAGAUCUUCAAAGCAAUCAAAUUCGCUACAUCAGUAAGGAAAGCUCUUUGUCACCCUUCAAAAAUCUUACAAAACUCCGCGAUCUCAAACUAAGUGAGCAGAGGCCAUACGGAAUCACCAUAAUACCUCAUUCAUACUUCAAGGGGCUACGGUCUCUGAAAUCUCUCUUCCUGUCAGGGAACAGGAUCAUGAAGCUACCAACAGAUGCCUUUGAUGACCUGGUUAAUCUGGAAUUUCUCAGUCUGGAUAACUCUUGUGAUGGCAUCAGUAAAAUAUAUGAUGGCAUUUUCAGGCAUCUGAAGAAGCUCAGAGUCCUCAACAUGGAGAACAUGGGAAUUCAGUCAUUGACUGAAGAAGUGUUUGGAAACCUAACAAAUCUACAUUCGCUACUAUUAAGUAGGAACCCUUUGCAAAUUAUGAAUGUUACUAUAAUUCAAAAUUUAACUUCCCUCAGGUAUCUAGAUCUUCGUAAAUGCCCCAUAAGCUGUACUUGCGACAAUACACCUUUCAAAAACUGGUCAGAUAAUGCCAGUGAAGUCCAGAUUGUAUAUUUCUAUGAUCUAAUGUGCUCGGACCAAUCCAAUCACUUUUACAAAUUUGAUAAUAGUGUUUGCUACCUAGACAUUGGUAAAUAUCUCUUUUUGUCAAUUAGUCCCCUCCUGAUUUUGCUAAUGGUGUCACCUAUUGUUUAUCUCAAAAUGUACUGGAAAAUCAAAUAUACUUACUACAUAUUUCGCUCUUGGUUCAAUGAUCACUGGAGAAGAAUGGAGGAUAAGACUCCAUAUAAAUAUGAUGCUUUUAUUUCUUACAACUCUAAAGAUGAAGACUGGGUGCUACAGCAGCUCUUGCCAAAUCUAGAAAUGGAAGGAACCUCUUUUUUUAAAUUAUGCCUGCAUCACAGGGAUUUUGAAUUGGGAAGGAACAUUGUGGACAAUAUUGUGGACAGCAUCUACAACAGCAGGAAGACAAUCUGUGUGGUUAGUCGGCAAUACCUCCGCAGCGAGUGGUGCUCUCUUGAGAUACAAAUGGCUAGUUAUCGUCUCUUUCAUGAGAUGAAGGAUGUGCUGAUCUUGAUAUUCCUAGAAAAGAUUCCUAAUCGAGAGCUGUCUACUUAUCACCGAAUAAGGAGGGUUAUGCUAAAGAAAACAUAUAUUGAUUGGCCUGAGACCACAGAAGAACAGGAGUUUUUCUGGACUAAGUUAAAAGAAGCAUUAAGGAUAUCUAGUCUUAUGGGAUGUGAUACUUCAGAAUGUGAAGAAAAGAAAUGUCUAAUCAGUUCACAGUAAUCUUCUGAUUCCUUUAGGGUAGAUCUACAAAUGCUGUACUGGACAGAACUUCCCAGACAUGAUUGUAUAUUAAAUAUGUGUAUUUGACUGUAUAUAUGAUAAUGAUGGACUGGACAAGUAUGAUCAUUUGAAACAUGACUAUUAAUUAUGUAAAGGUAAAAAUAUUUUUUCAAGUCUAAAUUUUUCA